GAAGUCGAAAAAUAUCAACGAGGACGACCAUCAAUACACUGAAAAGUCGGCAAAGUCACCAUGGUGAUAGAGGGAGGUGGCAGACCCUCCACAGGGAUGACCUCAAAGGAAUUGUGUGAAAAUGAUGACCUUGCCACCUCUGUCACAAUUGACCCCUAUUUAGGGUUAAUGACCCACAAAAUGAAUAUCAGACACCGUCCAGUGAAGCAGAAAGUGCAGGAAGAGGUCAAGCAGUACAUGACUGGCUUUGUGAAAGACAACGUAUACGAAACAGCACUUAGUGAAAUCUUCAGUACAGAACCAGUUCAAGCUUUUAUACAAAACAAAAGCAAAUCACAACAGAAUGUACUGAGGGAACAUAUGUGCAGGUACCUUCGGAUGUUUGAUCGCAGAGCAGGAUUUAACCUGUAUCCUUGUUAUAGAUACUCGAUGGAGGGAAGAGUAGGGGCCAAAAUUUGUGCCACAAAGCAUUGGUAUAAGAAUGACAAAAUUCCAAUGUUGGUGGGCUGUAUAGCGGAACUCUCUAAAGAGGAGGAAGAUAAAGUACUCAAGCCAGGGGUCAACGAUUUCAGUGUAAUGUAUUCCUGUCGCAAAAACUGUGCUCAGUUAUGGUUAGGACCAGCCAGCUUUAUAAACCAUGACUGUAGGGCUAAUUGUCGGUUUGUGUCCACUGGAAGAGACACUGCCUGUGUUAAAGUCCUCCGUGACAUAGAUCCCGGGGAGGAGAUCACCUGCUUCUAUGGGGAGGACUUCUUUGGGGAAAACAACUGUCUGUGUGAAUGUGAAACUUGUGAAAGGAGGAAGAUGGGGGCUUUUAAACUUGAAGAAUCAUCCUCAAUGAAUGCGGAGGAGAAAGGUUACAGGUUACGAGACACAGAUGACAGGCUGACCAGGCUAAAAGUCGAUUCAGAAAAGUCUCAACCUAUAGCAGAGAUGCUAGGGGCAGCUCAGUAUGGCAAUGAGAACUGGAAUAUAAGAGACGACAACCUGAAAAAACAAUCACAUCUUCUGAAAAAAUCUGAGCUCAAGAAAAGGGGAAUCACUCGAUAUGAUGCUGAAAUUCUUCUGUCUCAGGGUCUAAAACUACCUGAUCCUAAAGAAUUGGAUGACAAACCUCAUCGUACGAGAGGCUGUCAAUCAGCCACAGGGUCUAGCGUUAAUAGGAAAAAGUAUUAUAAUAAACGUGGAAAGAAUGGCAGAUUUCAGUUAAAGAAAGAAUCUCAUCCAAAAAUUUCUGAACAAGACACUCGGGCUGUAGCUGCUAAAAUCAAGUCGCCAAACAAAAGAAUGAGUUUCACAUUUGAUGAUUCACGAGACUGUAGUGUUGAAAGGACAUCAACACCAAUCAAAAACGAGAAAGUGAAUAGUGUGUCCUCAGGUAUUGUUCCCCGUUCUAGUCCAAGGUUGCGUAGAAUGUGCCAAAGUGUGACAAAUUGUGAAGUGGCUUGUUCAGAUAUAACAAACACUGAACCACCACCUUGUGUGAAGACGGAACCAGUCAGUACAGUGCGUAUGAGUCCAAGGAUCCGAUCUGUUCAUACGGAGCGGGAGGAUUCCUGUCCAAGUUUGUCCCCUCAGGAACCACACUGUGAUACUUUAGAGAACUCUUUCAGUCAGCCUCCCCAUUUAUCAGAACUCCAUGUCACCACAGUGCCACUCCAACACUCCUCUCACCAUGACAUGUCACCACGACUUCGUCGCACCAGUGUAACUGGAUCUGACACCUGUCACUCACCACAUCAUUUCUGUGACAUAUCAGGUUUAAAAUCCUCAUCCACCCAAGUUCAAUUGAGUCCCAGAGUUCGAAAUUUAAGUGGCGUCAAUGGCGUGAGACAGAGUCCUAGACUACAAGAACGCUCAAAUUCUUUGGUGGAAAGUGUCAAAUCAGCAGCUGUUAAGUGUUUGGACAAGCAGUUUCUUAAAGACUACCAGAAAGAAGACUGUGAAAUUGAUGUGGUGGGGAUCGACCAGGAGGCAGGGCUUGACUCACCAGAGCCAUUCAAUGGCUUUAACAAACUCAUGUGGGGAUCCAUUCUAAAAUCUGGGUCGACAACAUCUUCCUGUCAAGGAAAGACCAACCAGUCUGAGGAACAAAAUAAUAACAGUCAAAUUUAUCGCUCACACUCGGACCAUUGUCUAGACAAGAAAAGACCAAAAGAGCAUCAUAAAAAUCGUAAACGCAAACUUUCAUACUCUGUCACACCGUCCUUUGAAGGCUGUGACGAGACCUCACCGGUCAAAAAGGUUCCAAAAUUAAUCUUCAGGAAAAACAAAGGUCAGGAUGAAGAGUGUUUGCUCCUAGAGUUGGAGGACAAAACCAGAAGAAAUGCUAGUGAACAUUUGAACCCAGUGAAACCUCCUUUUCCAAAGAAAUUAAAACUCAAAUUAGGAAAUGAUAUGACAGAAAUAAAUCUACCUCAAUGAACUCUUUGUCUUGUGUAAAAUUUAGGUUCUGUAUUCAAAUUACAAGCACAUUAAAUUUCAAUCUUGUUUCAUUUUAGAUUAAAAGUUGAUCCAUUUUGCUAAUUUAAAUUGAAGCUGUCCUUGUUAAAUGAUCUCAUUUUAAAAUUGCCCCGUAAAAGGGUAAUAGUUAAUGAGAGGUCAAUUUCUUUCAGUAUGCAGUAUUUCCAUUUGUUUUAUAUUAUGUGGAAUAUGUGCUGUAUUUCCAAACAAAACAAUCAAUUCUAUGCAGGGUUAUGUUCAUUUUUAACUUAUUUCUAUUCAUGUACACAUAUUUAUAUCCUUAGCAUACUCUAAUUUUGGAAAGGAAUUGUGAUCAAUUUCUGAAGAAUGGGAUUUGUGUGUUUCUUUUUUCAACAGGACUUAAUUUAGAAUAUGAGAUGAGAUCAUAAGUAAAAUUAUGGAGUGUUUGACAGUUCUGAAAAACAGAUUCUAUCACUAUGUAUUAAUUCAGAAACCCCAUCUGAUAAAAUGUUUCGAAAAUCAUUCAGUUUUUUUUUUUUUGUUUAAUAUAACUCAGGUCUUGCAUCUUUAGCAGAUUUUUAACAGGCAUCUUAAAUUUGAUCAUUUUCUAGCAUUUUUGUGAUAUUUUAAUGAUGAGUCGUGUAUUUGAAAUGAAAAUAUUUUUGCUUAGUCAAAAAGUAAAAAAUGCAGUGUAAUCCGGUUAUAAUGAAUAUGUAGGGCAGUCAUAUUUGCUUCGUUUGUCAGCAACAUCUUACUUGCUACUAAGUGAUAAACAGCUUUGAUGUAAGCAUAUAUUAUACAAUUUAAAUGUGUUCACCACAAGCAUGUUUUGAUUGUAAAAUUUUUUUUUGGAAAAUAAGUAUUGGAUGAAUUUAUAGUUUUAAUAAUUACCUCUAACAACUGAGUUAAUUAAUGUUUGCAAACAAUUUUUUGUAAUAAAAUUCAAUGGUUUUAAUGAAUUUUUUUUAAAAGGUGAUUCUGUAGACAAAAAAUAUUUUAAUUUUGAUGUUGACAUCUAGGAUAAGAAAUAAAAAGGUCUUUAAAAAGUGACAAAGCAGUAGGUAGAAGUUGUGAGAGAAGUUUCUUGAUAAAUAUGCAUUCGUAUUCAGCGUUUCAUCAGUUUGCUAAGAGGCAGGUUUUGUGUUUUACAGUGAUUUAUCAGUUUAAUGUUAAUUAGAAGUGUGACGAAGAUGGAAGUGUGAUAAUUGUUAACAGUAUUUGUUGAGAUUUCCUGUUGUAUUACUGUUAUGUUUUUCAUCUUUGCGUUUCUUUUCCGAUAUCAUAUACUGUUCAAUCAUUCAUUUUCUAAAUUAAGAUGAAGUAAAUUUUGUAUCAUUCAGUGUGUCAGUCACAAAAUUUCUGAAGGCUUUUCAGAUUCAUAUCCUUACUGAACAAAUGAAAUGGCAAAACCCGAUAUUUUCUGUUGUCAGACUUGAGUCUUUCAUAUAUGUGGUUUUCUAUUAAUGUUUUAUAAAUAGAUGAUUUCCUUCAUGUAAUUGAUUGAAUUUUGACCAUGUAACUCAAGUAAAAAAGUAAUUUUAAUAGCCAUAGAUAAUGAAUUGGGUAUCAAUUGAAUUUUAAGUUUUUGAGAUAAAUAUUUUUGGAAUUGCUGAAAAUUUUUUUACUUAUCCACAUCUAUCGCAUUUCUGAUAUACAAAUCCUACCCCAGACUCUGAAAUCUGGGCAAACACAGAAAAAUGUAUCAUAGUAAAUCACAGUUUAAUGGCAGAAAUUGUUGUUAUAUCAAAUAAACUACUGAAGAGAACUUCAAUUAGUUUGAUAUAGUGUAUUAUAAUUUAUUGAUAUGUUGGCAUGACAACAAUAAAAACAGAA